UCUUUAGCUCUAUCUUGCUAGCCUAGCUUAUCCGAGCUAUGGCUAGCCCUCUGCCUUCUUCCUCCCGUCUUUUCUGCUCAGUGUGCUGUAUGUAUAGCGAGCACCCUGGCUCCUUCGUCGAGGACAGUAGUAGCUGUAGGAAGUGUAGCUUAGUCUCAGGGUUGGAGACCAGGGUUUCUGAGCUAGAAGCACGGCUCUGCACUCUAGAGACGAAAGCUAGUCCUAGCUAUAGCCAGGUAGUGGCAGGGCCCGCAGGUCGUGCUUGCAGUAGUAGGAUUGCUAGCGCAGUUAGCCCCCCAGCGAGCCCCGUGCAGCCGGGGGAAAUUAAGGAGGGAUUUGUGACUGUACGGGGGAAGCGCAGUGGUAAACGCACAACCUUAGUGCACCAGCAGCUUCACGUCAGCAAUAGGUUUGCCCCCCUCAGCGACACACCGGCUGAACCAGACACUCUCGUAAUUGGAAGCUCCAUAGUUAGAGACGUGAAGCACCCGGCGGUGUCUGUCAGGUGUUACCCAGGGGCCAGAGUCGGUGACAUCGAAGGAAACCUCAGGCUCUUAAAGCAGAGUAGGAAGAGGUUCCGCCGUAUCGUGAUUCACGCAGGCGGUAACGACGCCCGGCGGAGACAGUCUGAGGUGCUUAAAUUAAACGUAGCCUCGGUGUGUGAACUUGCUAAGUCGAUGGCGGACACCAUAGUUUUCUCUGGUCCUCUGCCUAAUUUGGUCAAUGAUGAGAUGUACUCUAGAUUCUCAUCAUUUAACCGCUGGUUGUCUAGAUGGUGCCCAGAAAACGAUAUAGUCUUUGUUGAUAACUGGCACGCGUUUUGGGGCAAGCCCGGGCUCAUGCGCCGAGACGGCAUUCAUCCGACUUGGGACGGUGCUGCUCUCUUAACUCGAAAUUUGGCCGCCAAACUAAGUCUCCCAAAGUGACACUUCAGAGUGGGGGCCCGGGCGCAGUGUUGUAGUGUAAAACACAACACUGUUUGUAGUGACCACUCGCCUCUUUCCGAGCUGUCACAAAUCCGAAAUUCAGGACAGAAGAUAGAGACUGUGUCCGUGCCUCGUAUAGUGAACAGGGGAAAACCGAGUACUAUAGGAACGAGACCAAAGAAUUUAAUACAUAUAGCCCCUGAUAGCAGUGAAAAUAAAAUAGCUCUUAAUAAAUAUAUAAGAUGCGGAUUAUUAAACAUCAGGUCAAUCUCGCCCAAAUCUCUGUUAGUUAAUGACUUAAUUGGGGAUUAUAAUAUUCAUAUUUUGGCCCUGACUGAAACUUGGCUUCAGCAGGAUGAGUUUGUUAGACUUAAUGAAUCCACACCCCCAAGUCACGUGAAUUUUCACACAGCUAGAAGCACGGGCCGUGGAGGGGGGGUGGCAGUAAUAUCACACUCUUGUCUAGGUAUGAGCCCAAAAAGUAAAGCUAAUUACAUUUAUAACUCCUUUGAAAGUCUAGCACUAUCAAUUAUAGACGCUAACUGGAAGAACCAAAAACCAGUUCUUUUCAUAGUGGUUUACCGUCCCCCUGGUCCCUACUCACAGUUUUUGUUAGAUUUCUCUGACUUUUUAUCUAGUAUUUUGCUAAGCUGGGAUAGAAUUAUAAUUGUAGGGGAUUUUAAUAUACAUGUUGACGAUGAAGGUGACUCCCUUGGUAAGGCCUUUAAUGACCUACUAGAUGGGACUGGCUUCAUUCAAAAUGUAAAUAAACCAACUCAUAGUCACAAGCACACCCUGGACUUGAUUUUAACCUACGGUACGGAGAUUAGUGAUCUUAGUGUCCAUCCCCACAACCCCGUACUGUCUGAUCAUUUUCUAAUUACCUUUCAGUUUGUGCUUCAAGAUAAUCCGCCACUAGUGACUAGAACUCAGAUGAAAAGGACAUUAGGUGAUCACUCUGUUUCAGAGUAUAAACAGAUAAUUCAGCCUAUAUUUGCCUCCAUGUCAUCUAAUUAUGAAGGAGUGAUGUCCGGCCUUGCUGUUAAUGACGAGUUUGUUGAUCGUGUUCUGUGUACGUUUCGUACCACCCUCGAUGUCGUCGCUCCCUCCAAAUUAAAGUUUGUCAAGCCGAGACGAGCCUCUCCCUGGUAUAAUGCUGAAACACGCUCUCUUAAACAAUCGACACGUAAAUUAGAAAGACUUUGACGCCGUUC